AUGAUAUCCGGUUUUCGCCCGAUCCCGGGCCGCUAUUCCGGCGCAUAUAGAGCAUACUGUGGAGUCUUGCGAUUCCAUAGAGCUCCAAGAUGCAGCUUCCAUACUGAUGGCCGAACUCGGGUGUCUAACUUCUGGAUUCCAACGGGAGGUAUCUCAAAGAAGAAUGUCAAGGGUGAAAAAGAGGACGUGAAUGACCUCUUGGUUCGGGGAGGCUUUCUCCGACAGGCUUAUUCAGGCAUAUUCCAUAUGUUACCGCUAGGAUUGCGUGUGCAAGACAAGCUUGAGCGUCUGAUUGACAAGCAUAUGCGUUCAGUUGGAGCGUCAAAAGUUUCGUUGUCGUCCAUAUCUUCCCAGGAACUCUGGGAGAGAUCAGGACGCUUAGGGGAGGGUUCAGAGGUAUUCAGAUUCCAUGACAGGAAAGAAUCUCGCUACCUUCUUGCUCCUACUCACGAGGAGGAAAUUACCACUCUAGUGGGCAGUCUGGCCAAAUCGUACAGAGAUCUACCUAUACGAGUAUACCAAAUCUCGAGGAAGUAUCGUGAUGAAGCAAGACCAAGACAAGGUCUACUUCGUGGGCGAGAAUUCAUCAUGAAGGAUCUCUACACGUUCGACUGCACCGUGGAAGAAGCUUUGAAGACGUAUACAUCUGUGAAAGCUGCUUAUAUACGACUAUUCAACGACCUGAAGAUACCCUAUCUGGUUGCUGCUGCAGAUUCCGGCAAUAUGGGCGGCAACCUAAGUCACGAAUUCCACGUGCCCAGCUCCAAAGGAGAAGACACGGUCAUCAGCUGUACUAGCUGCGACACUGUCUAUAAUGACGAGCUUGCAGACGGGAAAAUUCAUGAAUUUGGAGACAAUGAAAGCGCCCAGGCCAGUGCAGGGUUUGACACUGGAGAUAUAUCACCUGAAGCAGCACCGACCAUUUCUACAGGUCUCUGGAUGUCCAUUUCCCAGGACAAACGGACGCUUCUGAGAGGAUGGUAUCCGAAAUUCUCCAUGCAAGGCGAAGGUCAGGAGCCAGUGGAAAGAGAAGUGAACUCCCAUGCUGUCAAGUCCGUAGCCAACGCUGCAGGAAUCGAUCUUGACCUCAGCAUAGAGAACCCGUUAGAACAGUGGGCAACUGAAGUGAAGUCUAGGAAGGCAUCCGGCCCUUACCGUGUAGUGGACUUGUAUGACUCGCAGGUGCGAGUGUACAAACGCCCACCGCUGAGCGACUUGCUGGAUCAAGCAAACUGCAAGGUGGAAGACAUUGACUACUCUAUGCUGGAUCGGUUCCCUGGCACAAACAAUGGCCUCAGCCUUGUCAAGGUUCAAGACGGCGACAAGUGCGCCAAAUGCGCUCAAGGUCAUGUGAAGACCCAGGUCGCGAUUGAACUGGGCCACACCUUCCAUCUUGGCACAAGAUACAGUGAAGUUCUUCAAGCCUCUGUCAUGGUGGACCAAUCCUCAUCUGGCAGCUCGGAAAAUCAGGUCGUGCCCAUGCAAAUGGGCUGUCAUGGAAUCGGUGUUUCACGUAUGAUCACGGCGGUUGCUGACAGUCGAGCGGACUCCAAGGGGCUCAACUGGCCCCGCGCGGUGGCUCCGUUUGAGGUUAUUGUGGUUCCUGCGAAGGGCCUGGAGGAAGAAGCCGAGAAGGUAUACGACACGCUUACUUCCAACCCAGCAUCUCCAGUCGAUGUCAUUCUUGACGACCGAGACAAGCAAAUGGGGUGGAAAUUGGGAGACGCCGACCUGAUCGGCUACCCCAUCAUAGUUGUGGUCGGUAAAGGGUGGAAGAAGGAGCAAACAUUAGAAGUGCAGUGCCGUCAACUGGACGACCUCCGGGAGAAUGUGCCGCUAGAGCAGCUCUCGACAUUUAUUCGGUCCUUACUCGAGCGUCUGUAG